CUGCAGACAAGAACAUCUCCACAGAAGAUUAUUAAAAUGCAGAGAAAAUCGACAGGAUUUUUAAGAUGGGUCACUUUGGUCCUACUAACUACAAUCACAAACAGAAGUGCUGCAGAUUUAAAUGUGAGCACCAUCACAUCGACCCCCUCCACAACAAUGACCCCCACUAGCACUGAACUGACCUCCACUCCAAAUGUGAGCACCAUCACAUCGACCCCCUCCACAACAAUGGCCCCCACUAGCACUGAACUGACCUCCACUCCAAAUGUGAGCACCAUCACAUCGACCUCCUCCACAACAAUGGCCACCACUAGCACUGAACUGACCUCCACUCCAAAUGUGAGCACCAUCACGUCGCCCCCCUCCACAACAAUGGCCCCCACUAGCAAUGAACUGACCUCCACUCCAAAUGUGAGGACCAUCAUGUUCAUCCCCUCCACAACAAUGGCCACCACUAGCACUGAACUGACCUCCACUCCAAAUGUGAGCACCAUCACAUCGACCCCCUCCACAACAAUGGCCCCCACUAGCAAUGAACUGACCUCCACUCCAAAUGUGAGGACCAUCAUGUUUAUCCCCUCCACAACAAUGGCCACCACUAGCACUGAACUGACCUCCACUCCAAAUGUGAGCACCAUCACGUCGCCCCCCUCCACAACAAUGGCCCCCACUAGCAAUGAACUGACCUCCACUCCAAAUGUGAGGACCAUCAUGUUUAUCCCCUCCACAACAAUGGCCACCACUAGCACUGAACUGACCUCCACUCCAAAUGUGAGCAACAUCACUUCGAUCUCCACCAUAACAGUGACCGCUACUAGCACUGAACUGACCUCCACUCCAAGUCCUUUUAAAGAUCCCUGCAACAACUACACUCCUCUGGAUCAACCCUGGAGAGCCACUAAUGCAACUGGACUGAAGAUCUGUGACAGAUUCUUCAACUGGAACGGCUGGUAUCGCCUGUUGUAUUACGGGAUGAGUGUCCGUAUGCCAGAGAGCUGUGUUAAUCAAUCCAGAUGUGGUACUGAUGUUGCUCUGUGGCUGAAUGGCUCUCACCCUCAGACAGGGGAUGGAAUAGUCACGCGUGGGGUCUGUGGGAGGUCAGGAAGUGACUGCUGUUACUACACAUUCACCCCCAUUCGAGUCAAAGCAUGUCUAGGGAACUAUUAUGUCUAUGAGUUUGUGAAGCCAAAUGUUUGUAAUGCUGCUUACUGUGCAGACACUACAAACAACAUCACUUCUGACCCCUGCAAUGUUAACACUCUUCUUGAUAAUGACUGGAGAAGACCAGUCACUUUGUUCUACACCAACUACAGUGGCUUUGAUGACACUCUUAUUCAAUGGAGCGGCUGGUAUCGUCUGUAUCUUCAGGGAAAAAGUGCUCAGAUUCCUGAAUCUGAUUGGUGUUGGAGUUUUAUGUCCUGUGGUGGAUACACUGCACUUUUACUUGGUGGAUCUCAUCCUCGACCACAGGACGGCAUUGUCACCAGAGAAAUCUAUGGAACAUAUGUCUAUUCUAAUGAUAGUAGGCAAUGCAAUUCCUACAGAUCAAACCCAAUCCAAGUCAAAGCCUGUCCAGGAAAUUACUACGUCUACAGACUCGUCAAGCCAGCUGCAUCAAUUCCAAUGCCCACAUACUGUGCAGCUACUUUUACUGACCCUUGCACCAACUACACUCCUCUGGAUCAACCCUGGAGAGCCACUAAUACAACUGGACUGAAGAUCUCUGACAGAUACUUCAACUGGACUGGCUGGUAUCGUCUGCUGUAUUACGGGAUGAGUGUCCGUAUGCCAGAGAGCUGUGUUAAUCAAUCCAGAUGUGGUACUGAUGUUGCUCUGUGGCUGAACGGUUCUCAUCCUCAGAUAGAGGAUGGCAUAGUCACUCGUGGGGUCUGUGGGAGGUCAGGGAGUGACUGUUGUUACUACAGUUCCACCCCCAUUCGAGUCAAAGCCUGUCCAGGGAACUAUUAUGUCUAUGAGUUUGUGAAGCCAAAUGUUUGUGAUGCUGCUUACUGUGCAGAUGUGAACACCGCCACUCUGAACACCGCCCACACAAGUGCUCCCAGUGUUGCUCCAUCACAGAUAAACACUAACACUACAAACAACAUCACUUCUGACCCCUGCAGUAUCUACAGGGUUCUUGAUAAUGACUGGAGAAGACCAGAAAGUAGGUUCUACACCUACUACAGUGGCUUUGAUGACACACUUGUUGAAUGGAGUGGCUGGUAUCGUCUGAAUCUUCAGGGAAAAAUUGCUCAGAUUGCUGAAUCUGAUUGGUGUUGGAGUUUUAUGUCCUGUGGUGGUUACACUGCCCUUUUACUUGGUGGAUCUCAUCCUCGACCACAGGACGGCAUCGUCACCAGAGAAAUCUAUGGAACGUAUGUCUAUUCUAAUGAUAGUAGGCAAUGCAAUUCCUACAGAUCAAACCCAAUCCAAGUCAAAGCCUGUCCAGGAAAUUACUACGUCUACAGACUCGUCAAGCCAGCUGCAUCAAUUCCAAUGCCCACAUACUGUGCAGUUGCUAUUGAGACUCCCAGUUAUGAUCCCUGUAACAACUACACCUUUCUGGAUCAACCCUGGAGGGCCAUUAAUGAGACUGGAGGGUCCAACUGUGAUAGAAACCUCCACUGGAACGGCUGGUAUCGGCUGCUGUAUUACGGGACGAGUGUUGGUAUUCCAGACAGCUGUGUUAACCAGUCCGGAUGUGGUACUGAUGUCGCUCUAUGGCUAAACGAUUCUCACCCUCAGAUUAAGGAUGGAAUAGUCACUCGUGCAGUCUGUGGAAGGUCUGGAAGUGACUGCUGUUACUACAAAUCCAGUCCAAUUCGGGUCAAGGCCUGUCCAAAAAACUAUUAUGUCUAUGAAUUUGUCAGGCCAUUCAUGUGUAAUGCAGCUUACUGUGCAGUUAAUUUUAAAGAUCCCUGCAACAACUACACUGCUCUGGAUCAACCCUGGAGAGCCACGAAUGUAACAGGACUUUGGAUCUCUGACAGUUUCUUCAACUGGAAUGGCUGGUAUCGGCUGCUGUAUUAUGGGAUGAGUGUGCGAAUGCCAGAGAGCUGUGUUAAUCAAUCCAGAUGUGGUACUGAUGUUGCUCUGUGGCUGAAUGGAUCUCAUCCUCAGAUAGAGGAUGGAAUAGUCACUCGUGGAGUCUGUGGGAGUUCAGCAGGUGACUGCUGUGACUACAGAUCCACUCCAGUUCGAGUCAAAGCCUGUCCAGGAAACUACUACGUCUAUGAGUUUGUGAAGCCAAAUCUUUUGGGUGCUGCUUACUGUGCAGAUGUGAACACCAUCCAGACAAAUGCGACCAGUGUUGCUGCAUCACAGAUGAACACUGCAGACACUGCAAACAACAUGACUUAUGACCCCUGCAGUAUCUUCAGUGUUCUUGACAAUGACUGGAGAAGACCAGUCAGUGACUUCUACACCAACUACAGCUAUUUUGAUGACACUCUUGUUGAAUGGAGCGGCUGGUAUCGUCUGUAUCUUCAGGGAAAAAGUGCUCAGAUUCCUGAAUCUGAUCAGUGUUGGAGUUGGAGAAUGUUCUGUGGUGGAUACACUGCACUUUUACUUGGAGGAUCUCAUCCUCAACCACAGGAUGGCAUCGUCACCCGAGAAAUAUUUGGAACAUAUUUCUCCUCAUUUCAUAGCAGCCAAUGUAAUUCCUACAGAUCAAAACCAAUCCAAGUCAAAGCCUGUCUAGGAAAUUACUACGUCUACAGACUCGUCAAGCCACCUGUGUCACUUCCGAUACCCACAUACUGUGCAGCUGUGUUCAUUGAUCCCUGUAAUGACUACACUGUGCUGGACCAAGCCUGGAGAGCCACUAAUGUAACUGGACUGUGGAUCUGUGACAGAAACUCCAACUGGACUGGCUGGUAUCGGCUGCUAUAUAAUGGGAUGAGCAUUCGUAUGCCAGAGAGCUGUGUUAAUCGAUCCAGAUGUGGUACUGAUGUUGCUCUGUGGCUGAAUGGCUCUCAUCCUAAGACAGAGGAUGGAAUAGUCACUCGUGGGAUCUGUGGGAGGUCAGGAAGUGACUGCUGUUAUUACAAUUCCAUCCCAAUUCAAGUCAAAGCCUGUCCAGGAAACUAUUACAUCUAUAAGUUUGUCAGGCCAACGUUCUGCACUGCAGCUUACUGUGCAGAUGUGAACACCAUCACUCUAAACACCAACCAGACCUUUGUAUUCAUUGAUCGACCAUCAAAUACAGGCACUAACUAUUUGAUAAUUCUUUAUGUAGCUGUUGGUAUUGCAUUUUGUGGGAUUGCAGCUUUUCUUGCUGUACAUUUUUGGAGAAGAUACAGGAGAAAUGAGGUGAAUGAUGAAAAUGUGGAAGAAGAAAUCUACAAUGAUGCAUUCAGUCCUUCAAUUUACGAGAGUCUACCAACUUGAAGAAACAACACUGAACCAUGGAAACUGCCCCAACAGAGAAAGACGGAGAGAUUUCUUUUUUUGCUUAUUUGCUAUUAACAUUAAUUAAUUAGUUUUAAUUCAGAGUGUCAAACUGCUAUAUGUGAGCCUUAAACAUUCAGACAUAUUAAAGUAACUCAAAUCUCUGUUACAAACACAUAUAUAAAUGUAUAUAAUUUGCUGUGGAAUUUUGUGUUGUCUUUUUUUUUCUAUGACGUGUAUGAAAUGCUAAGUGCUCUAAUAAACCUUGAUGUACACACUGCA